GAACCUGUCGUCAGAUGGCUGCGCCCAAACACAAUAGAGACUGGAAGACUUCGUGUCCCGACAAGCUUCACGGGAGGUGUGCGUGUGAACGCACAGGGCACGUAUUUCCAGGGAAACGUAUUUCCGCCCUCGAGUGCUCGUGGUCUCCGUAAGAAGUGGACUCAGUUUCCCGGCUGGCGCUGCGGCACCGGUUCUUAAAUCUUAUUCUCCGCCUUCCAGAGUUUGAAAUCUUGAGCGGCACUUGUCACUUACUCAGUGGUGAUGACGUCCUUGAUUUGUGGAGAUCUCAACCAAAAUUUACUUCAUUCUACCUUCUCUUGAUAUCUGUGUAUUAUUCUGUUUUUUUUCUCCACUUUCAAAGUACUCCGUUCCGUAGUUCUAGAUUCGCAGUAUUGCUAUCGUACUGUGUCUGUACCCCUCCCUAGUAUAUUCCCACUUUCCUCAUUUCCAUCUAACUCUGCGGCUUGUCCUGGGCUGUCCCGCGGGUAUCUUGGUGUGGGAGAGCAAGAAUAGGAAAAGUCAGGGCCGAAAUUUCAAGUGCUCCAGGAUGAGCAGGAGCCCUAGCUGGUCUGAUCAGCUUCAUGCGGUUCUCAGUUCAACUGAUGAAAAUAUGGCCCGGAUUAAGCAGAGUUUGUAUCCCCUUCGAGUUUCCUCUACAGGGGACCUGGCUGACACCUGGAUUUCCCCUCAUCACUUGCCUCCUCAGCCAGGGGCCCAAGCUCAACAGUCUUGGACUCCCAUUCUUGGAGAGAGACUGAGCUGUACUGAAGCCCACAGCUCCUCUCUCUGGGAUGAAGUUACUAAACUCCGAUCCCAGCUUCAGGCUCAGGCUCAGGUGACUGAGGCUCUAAGGCGUUCUGUGCAGAGCCUGUUGAAGGACCGGGAGCAGCAGAUGUUCAAGAUCAGUGCUCUAGAAGCAUCACUAAAACUGCUGCAGGAGGGUCCCAAAGGGAGAGCCCUUCUGGAGCAACGCCUGGAAGGGUUGAGAAAGGAACUGCAGGGCCUUCGGAGUCAGGUUCAAGAGCUAGUCCAAACCCAAAUGAAAACAAGACCAGGAAAGCUUGGUGCUACCGGUGGCUUUCACCAAGAGCUGCAGAAUGAGCACCAACUUUUGUGGGAAGAGUCAGAGAUUCUUCGGGAGGAACUAAAGCUGCUCCGAGACCAGCUGAGCCAACAUCAGGAGUUGUUGCUGGAACAGAUGGCUGAGGGGCGCCAGGUUCAGGCCCGCAGCUGGAAGAUGUUGGAACACCUACAGAGUGACCAGAUGGACAAGGUUCAUAACUUAGAGGUUACCAGGACACAGGCCCAUGAUGCCCAGAAGGGAGAACCCCUCCUCCUCAGGAACUCUGUUCAGGUCCAGCAGUCUAAGCCGCCUCUGGCCACCGUCUUCGCCAUGUCUCUUUCUUCAUCUAGCUCUGAAGUCAGUCUCCCAGACUGUGGCCAUAGCUGGGAACUUUUAAAGAAGCUGGAUAGGGUACUCCAGAACAACUCCCUUUCUAAUCUGGGACCCAGCAGCUCUCAGUUCCAUGCCUGGAGUCUUGGGCAGGAGGAUCUGUUCCUUCAGGGCCCCAAGACCUUCCAGAGUAAGAACUUGUGAGAAGAAUGAUAUUCUGCUUCUACCCCAGGCAGCCCUCAUCCCCUCUGUCUGGUGCGUGCCCUUGUUACCACGGCAUCUCACUGUGCAGCCAGUCCUGCUCCCCACUGGCUCAAAAUAAAGUGACUUCAGCCUC